GUGUGUGUGUGUGUGUGUGUGUGUGUGUGUGUGUGUGUGUGUGUGUGUGUGUGUGUGUGUGUGUGUGUGUGUGUGUGUGUGUGUGUGUGUAGAUGCCAGCUGCUGGUCCAUGGGUGUGAGUAGACUUGAUCUUUUCUACAGACGGCUGCUCCUCACCAAACUCUUCAUCGGGGGAUGGGGGAAGCCUGAAGACCUCAAAAGAAUAUUUGAGUUUCGUAAGAUUAUUGGGGACCGAGAGAAGUGCAAGUUUUUGGUGCCGGAGGAUUAUCCAGUUUACAUAAAUAAGACAGAGGAGCACGCUGACUGUCUCAUCCACGAUGGGUUCCUGAUCUCUCCUCUGGAACACCUGGUUCCUGGAAUCCUGCCUCCAGAGUCUGUCAAAGCCAGGUUCCAGUUUAUUGUUCCUAAGAGGUGGAAGAACCACAGACCAGUAUGCAUCCAUCUUGCCGGUACAGGAGACCAUUUUUUCUGGCGUCGGAGGACCCUGAUGGCUCGUCCGAUGGUCAAAGAAGCAGGAAUGGCCUCUCUGCUUCUGGAGAAUCCAUAUUAUGGAUACCGUAAACCCAAAGACCAACUGAGGUCCAGUCUGAAGAACGUCUCGGACCUGUUUGUGAUGGGGGGCGCUCUGAUCCUUGAGUCCACCGUGCUGCUCCACUGGCUGCAGAGGGAAGGUUACUGGCCUCUGGGAAUGACUGGAAUCUCUAUGGGAGGAUACAUGGCGUCUCUGGCGGUCACUAACUGGCCGAAGCCGAUUCCUCUGGUUCCCUGUUUGUCCUGGUCCACAGCCUCCAGCGUCUUCACCACGGGUGUUCUCAGUAGAGCAGUGAACUGGACGGAGCUGGAGAAGCAGUAUGCGAUAAACUCUGUGUAUGAAGAGGAGAUCAUUAAUCUGCUGGAGUACUGCGGGGCUGACUCCUUCAAGAUGUGUCAGGAGUUUUUAAAGGAUCCAGGGUCUUUGGGGGAUCUGCUGGGUCUCUCUGAGGACAGAACAUCGACCGGACAGAAAGCUGGACGGGGACUGCUGAUUGGAGGAGACCACGUAGACCAGCUUCUGUCCUCAGUUAGCAGCAGUGGGACCACAGUGGACUCCAUACAGAGAAGAGUCAAUGGGAACACGCACAGGGGGAAGAAGACGGAUUCAGACAAAUGCUGUCGGCCAUCUUUACACAGAGAGUCCAUCAGUUUCAUGAAGGGAGUGAUGGACGAGUGCACCCACAUGGCCAACUUCUCCGUCCCGGUGGACACCAGUCUGAUCAUCGUGGUCCAGGCCAAAGAGGACGCUUACAUCCCUCGUACCGGAGUCCUCAGUCUGCAGGAGAUCUGGCCUGGCUGUGAGGUCAGGUACCUGAAAGGAGGACACAUCAGUGCAUACCUGUUCAAACAGAACGUCUUCAGACAGACCAUAUACGACGCAUUCAACAGAUUCUGUGUGAAGUAUCCCAACCUGCACUAACCAUCGGAUCUGAACCAGGACCGGAACAAGAACCUGGACCUGGACUGGGACCAGUGUCCUUUUGCAGCAGCUCUGUAUAAGUUCUUUCUUAAGUUCUGCUGUAGCAUCCACUCUAAACCUGACGUGUAAACGAGUUAGUUUGUAACUUAAGUUCUGUCAUUGUUUGGUUACCAUGGAGACUUAAGAUUCAUUUUAACUAGUGGAGCGUAACGUCCAAACUAACCAAAAUAAUAACUCGAUGUGACCAAUCAGA